AGGCGCCGGAGGGGGGGGUGCUGGGCGAGGACUGGCGGCGGAUCUUCUUCUCCCCGAGGCAAAGGAGGGAGCCAAGGCGAUGGGCGAAGCGCAGACCGCCUAGUAGGAUUGAUCCUCCUUCAACCAGGCCUUGCUGAUGAUGAAUGGAACAGCCAAUGUGAACGCAGCCGGACGAAGCCAUUAUGCCUCCUCUAUACCUGUUCCCAGAGCUGCAUCCCACAGCAAGAUACACACUCUGGCAGCAUCGCCCAAAUUGCCCCCAAGGCAGAACAGUGUGGGAGCUGUUCCCUCGCAGAAGGCAUCAUCACCCAGGACAGGGAAGGGGCUGGUUAGCUCGAGCAGUGGAGCUCCAAAAGGAUCCAAGCAAAAGCUGGUCCCAAAGACUCCCGCAGCUGCAAGCCCUGGGCAGGAGAAAUCGGAGGCAUCUGAGAGCCAUGGUGGGUCAGAUGGGAUAGAUUCCAGCCUCAGCCUGAGCAUGGUGUCUGGCUGUAGCAGUCCCCGGGGGAUGCAGAGGUCCAGCUCCAGAACUAUUGGGGCAACUAAGAAAGCUGCUGUUCAAGCAACCGAGAGAAGCAAGGACACCACAAAACAUGGGGAAGACAGUAGCAGCCGCGGUGCCAAGAAGGGUCUUGGGAAGCCCAGUACAAUUCCUGAACCUGCAAAAACCUCUCACCUCCCAGGAAAGAGCCCUUCCUAUCUCAGCUUGUAUAGUGAGACUUUGUUGUCCAGGUCUUCAGAGGGAUCCACCACAAAGAGGCCUCAGAGUUGUCCUGUAAAAGGUCAGUGGGCCUCAGAAGCCAAUGGGAAAGGAAGUGGAAUGUCUAAGCCAGAGGAAAAACCUCAGGUGAUCUCACUGGACACAAGCAACCUCAAUAAGGGCCCUGUGCUGCACACUGGGCCUAUCAGUUUUUCCUCUGUGCCUCAACACAACCAUCCCAUCAUGGCCACGGUAGCCCCGUUCCAUUAUCGGCGACAGGGUGAGAAAGAGAGGAGCAGCUCAUCUAAAGAGGAGUCUGCAUGUGAAGAGCAGCAGCCCAACCUUACUGAAGGGCCUGAACAUAGAUUGAGAAACAUGGAGGCUGGGCUUUUAAAUGGUUUCCUCGCGGCGGGCGGGAAGAAGAUGCUUGGCAGCGGCGGCGGCAGCAACAGCAACGACGUCAGGAGGCUGCAGCGCGACGCGGAGCUGAGCGGCGACGAAGGGCCCGAGGAGGCGCUGAGGGGCUACAAGAAGCAGGCGUCGGCGUCGUCGGGCGACGGCAGCAACAAGGCCAUGAUGCAGAAGCGCGGCAGCGCAAAGGGCCCCGGCGGCGUGGCGGCGCCCAAGGCGCCGGCCGAGCUGAAGGUCUUCAAGGCCGGCAGCGUGGAGGGCCGAGGGCCGCUGGCCUCGAACCUGCGCAAGCAGAAGUCGCUCACCAACCUGUCCUUCCUGACGGACAGCGAGAAGAAGAUGCAGCUGUACGAGCCCAAGUGGAGCGACGACAUGGCCAAGGCGGCCAAGGGCUUCGGCGGCCGGAGCCUCAAAGGCGGCAAGGAGGCGCCGCCGCUCAUGUCCAAGAACCUCUCGCGCUCCGAGCACUCGCUCUUCCAGGCCAAGCUGGCGCCCUCGGCCGCCGGCAACAAGCCUCCGCCGCCGCUGGCGCCGCUGCCCUCUAACCUGGGCAAGCCCAGCCGCAUCCCGCGAGGGCCCUACGCCGAGGUCAAGCCCCUCAGCAAGGCGCCCGAGGCCGGCAGCGGCAGCGACGACCUCAAGUCGGACGACGAGAUCCUCUCCAGCAAAGGCAAGGCGGCGCAGCAACAGAAGCAGCAGCAGCAGCAAGCGGCCACCCAGCCGGCCGGGAAAGGGGCGCCGGCGGAGGAGAAGGCUUUCCUGAAGGUGGAUCCCGAACUGGUGGUCACGGUGCUGGGCGAUCUGGAGCAGCUGCUCUUCAGCCAGAUGCUCGAUCCUGAAUCCCAGAGAAAGAGGACAGUACAGAAUGUGCUUGACUUGCGGCAGAACCUGGAGGAGACCAUGUCCAGCUUGAGGGGCUCCCAAGUAACUCACAGCUCGCUGGAGAUGACGUGUUAUGACAGCGACGAAGCCAACCCCCGCAGCGUCUCCAGCCUGUCCAAUCGCUCCUCUCCCCUCUCCUGGCGCUAUGGUCAGUCCAGCCCCCGCCUGCAGGCUGGAGAUGCCCCUUCAGUGGGUGGGGGAUGCCGCUCGGAAGGCACUCCCAGCUGGUACAUGCACGGGGAGCGAGCUCAUUAUUCCCACACCAUGCCCAUGCGCAGCCCCAGCAAGCUCAGCCACAUUUCCCGCCUGGAGCUUGUGGAGUCGCUUGAUGCUGAUGACGUCGAUCUCAAAUCUGGGUACAUGAGUGACAGUGACUUAAUGGGCAAGACCAUGACUGAGGAUGAUGAUAUCACCACAGGCUGGGAUGAGAGUAGCUCCAUCAGCAGCGGCCUCAGCGAUGCCUCUGACAAUCUCAGCUCAGAAGAGUUCAAUGCCAGCUCCUCGCUCAAUUCCCUGCCUUCCACCCCCACGGCUUCUCGCAGGAACUCCGCCAUAGCGCUGCGCACGGACUCUGAGAAGCGCUCACUGGCAGAGAGUGGGCUGAACUGGUACGGAGAGCCAGAAGAGAAGGCUCAGAAGAAGAUGGACUAUGACAGCGGGAGUCUGAAAAUGGAGCACAGCUCUUCCAAAUGGCGACGGGAGCGCUCGGAAAGCUGUGACGAGGCUCCUGCCAAAGGCGGAGAUCUGAAAAAGCCAGUCAGUUUGGGUCCACCGGGCUCCUUGAAGAAGGGCAAGACUCCCCCUGUGGCAGUGACCUCUCCCAUCACCCACACAGCCCAGACCCUCAAAGUGGCAGGUAAACCUGAAGCAAAAGCAACAGACAAGAACAAGCUUUCUGUGAAGAAUGCUAGCCUGCAGCGCUCAUCGUCUGAUGCUGGCCGAGAUCGGAUUUCAGAUGCCAAGAAGCCUCCUUCUGGGCUGACCCGGACCACAACUUCCGGCUCUUUUGGCUACAAGAAGCCACCUCCUGCAACUGGCACUGCCACGGUGAUGCAAGCUGGUGGCUCGGCCACCCUUGGUAAGAUCCAGAAGACCUCUAGCAUCCCAGUCAAGCCAGUCAAUGGAAGGAAAACAAGCUUGGAUGUCUCUAAUGCUGGGGAGCCUGGCUUCAUGGCCCCAGGGGCCCGCACCAACAUCCAGUACCGGAGCCUGCCACGCCCUGCCAAAUCUAGUUCCAUGAGCGUGACUGGUGGGCGCAGUGGGCCACGGCCAGUGAGCAGCAGCAUUGACCCCAGCCUGCUCAGCACAAAAGGGAGCAUCAGUGUCUCGCGGCUGAAAGAGCCCUCUAAGAUCGGCACAGGCCGGAGCACCCCAGUGCCAGUGAAUCAGACGGACAGGGAGAAGGAGAAAGCUAAAGCCAAAGCUGUGGCCCUGGACUCUGACUGCGUCUCACUCAAGAGUAUCGGCUCCCCUGAAAGCACCCCGAAGGCUCAAGGUGGACACCAGACUUCUGCUAAAGUGGCUGAGUUGCCACCAACUCCACUCAGGUCAGCUGCCAAAAGCUACGUGAAAGCUCCUUCUCUGGCCAACCUGGACAAGGUGAACUCCAACAGUCUGGACCUCCCUCCCUCCAGCGAACACCAGAUGCACGGUGGCAAACUGCACGAGCCCCAUCCAGCUGCAGCAAACGUGGGCCCCCACCUCACAUCGUGCUUCACGCCAAGCCCUGCUCCGGUCCUUAACAUAAACUCUGCUAGCUUCUCCCAGGGCCUGGAGCUCAUGGGAGGCUUCAGCAUCCCCAAGGAAUCCCGCAUGUACCCCAAGCUCUCAGGGUUGCACAGGAGCAUGGAGUCCUUGCAGAUGCCUAUGAGCCUGCACAGCCCCUUCUCUGCAGGCAAUACAACUGCUCCCACCACUGCUCCCACCCCUCCCAUUGUGGCUGCUGAGGAGGAACCCAGUGAGAUGUCCUGGACGGGGAGCCCCAGGAUCACACACCUGGACAGCUCUAACCGUGAUCGGAAUACAUUGCCCAAGAAGGGACUAAGGUAUCAAAUCCAGUCCCAGGAAGAGGCCAAGGAGAGGCGGCACUCCCAUACGAUUGGAGGAUUGCAGGAAUCAGAUGAUCAGUCUGAUCUGCCUUCCCCUCCUGCUCUCUCCAUGCCAUUGGUUGGAAAGACACCACUCACUAAUAUUGUGACCCCCACGGCAGCCAACACCCCGAGGAUCACCCGCUCCAACAGCAUCCCCACCCACGACUCCACCUUCGAGCUGUACAAUGCAUCCCCCAUGGGCAGCACCCUCUCCCUGGCAGACCGGCCCAAGGGCAUGAUCCGUUCGGGCUCCUUUCGCGACCCUGUGGAUGAUGGUGAGAGUCCUGCACCCAGCCAGGAGGACAAGAGUCUCCUCCACAGUAAUAAUGUUCACGGAUCUGUGCUGUCCUUGGCGUCGAGUGCUUCCUCCACUUACUCCUCAGCUGAGGAGAGGAUGCAGUCUGAGCAAAUCCGCAAACUGCGCCGUGAGUUGGAGUCUUCCCAGGAGAAAGUGGCCACGUUGACAUCCCAGCUUUCAGCCAACGCGAAUUUAGUAGCAGCCUUUGAGCAGAGCCUCGUGAACAUGACUUCCCGUCUCCGACAUCUUGCAGAGACUGCGGAAGAGAAGGACACUGAGCUGGUGGACUUGAGGGAGACAAUUGAUUUCUUGAAGAAAAAGAACUCGGAAGCCCAAGCUGUUAUCCAAGGGGCCCUGAAUGGAACAGACAUUACACCCAAAGAGCUGCGUAUCAAGAGGCAGAACUCGUCAGACAGUAUAUCCAGUCUGAAUAGCAUCACCAGCCAUUCUAGCAUUGGCAGUGGCAAGGAUGCAGAUGCCAAGAAGAAGAAAAAGAAGAGCUGGUUGAGGAGCUCUUUCAACAAGGCUUUCAGCAUCAAGAAGGGCCCAAAAUCUGCCUCCUCCUAUUCCGACAUAGAGGAGAUUGCCACCCCAGAUUCUUCCGCGCCAUCGUCCCCCAAACUACAACAUGGAUCCACGGAGACAGCCUCACCCUCCAUCAAAUCUUCCAACUCCUCUUCUGUGGGCAUUGAUAAUACUGAGCUGUUCCAGGCCAAUGAAGAAGAGGAGCCUGAGAAAAAGGAGGUCUCAGAGCUGCGCUCAGAGCUGUGGGAGAAGGAAAUGAAACUGACCGACAUACGUUUGGAGGCCCUAAACUCUGCCCAUCAGCUGGACCAACUGCGCGAAACUAUGCACAACAUGCAGCUGGAAGUGGAUCUAUUGAAAGCUGAGAACGACCGGCUGAAGGUGGUCCCUGGGCCCUCGUCUGUGCCAAGCUCCAUCCCAAGUCAUGUCUUGAGCUCAUCUGCCGCCUCUUCCCCAAGGCGCUCUCUAGGGCUCCAGCUCACCCACCCUUUCAGUCCCAGUUUGACUGAUACAGAGCUUUCGCCAAUGGAUGGCAUCAGUGCUGGCACCCAGAGGGAUGAGGUGACACUACGAAUUGUAGUGCGCAUGCCACCUCAGCACAUCAUCAAAGGGGACCUGAAGCAGCAGGAAUUCUAUCUGGGCAGUAGCAAAGUGAGUGGGAAACUGGAUUGGAAAAUGCUGGAUGAAGCCGUCUGCCAGGUCUUCAAGGACUACGUCACCAAGAUGGACCCUGCUCUCACACUGGGGCUCAGCAUUGAGUCUGUCUAUGGUUAUAGCAUCAGCCACAUCAAGCGAGUCUUGGACACAGAGCCACCAGAAAUGCCGCCUUGCCGACGGGGUGUAACCAGCAUCGCUGUGACAUUGAAAGGUUUGAAAGAGAAGUGUGUGGACAGCUUGGUGUUUGAGACCCUUAUCCCCAAGCCCAUGAUGCAGCACUACAUAAGCCUUCUGCUCAAGCACCGCCGCCUUAUCCUUUCUGGGCCAAGUGGAACUGGCAAAACCUACCUAACAAAUCGUCUGGCUGAGUAUUUGGUGGAGCGCUCAGGCCGCGAAGUCACUGAUGGCAUUGUCAACACUUUCAAUAUGCACCAGCAGUCAUGCAAGGACCUACAGCUUUACCUCUCCAAUCUGGCCAAUCAGAUUGAUCGGGAAACAGGGAUAGAUGUGCCAUUGGUCAUUCUUCUUGAUGACCUCAGUGAGCCUGGCUCUAUCAGCGAGCUCGUCAAUGGAGCACUCACCUGCAAGUACCACAAAUGCCCCUAUAUCAUCGGGACAACCAACCAGCCUGUGAAGAUGACUCCAAAUCAUGGCCUUCAUCUCAGCUUCAGGAUGCUGACAUUCUCUAAUAACGUGGAGCCAGCCAAUGGCUUCCUGGUGCGCUAUCUACGCCGGAAGCUGCUUGAGUCCGACAGCGAUGUCAAUGCCAACCGGGAGGAGUUGCUGCGUGUGCUGGACUGGGUGCCCAAGCUCUGGUACCAUUUACACACCUUCCUGGAGAAGCACAGCACCUCUGACUUCCUCAUUGGUCCCUGUUUCUUCCUGUCAUGCCCCAUUGGUAUUGAGGAUUUCCGGACCUGGUUCAUUGAUCUGUGGAACAAUUCCAUCAUCCCCUACCUUCAGGAGGGAGCAAAGGAUGGGAUCAAGGUGCAUGGGCAGAAAGCUGCCUGGGAAGAUCCUGUGGAAUGGGUGCGAGACACGUUGCCAUGGCCAUCGGCCCAACAAGACCAGUCAAAGCUCUAUCACCUUCCCCCACCCAGUGUGGGGCCCCACAGCACUGUCUCACCCCCAGAGGAACGGAGUGGCAAGGAUACUACACCCAACUCUCUGGAAUCAGACCCCUUGAUGGCGAUGUUGCUGAAGCUCCAGGAAGCAGCCAACUAUAUUGAGUCUCCCGACCGAGAAACCCUGGACCCCAAUGUGCAGUCGACACUCUAAAGGUGACUGGAUCAGGAUGGGACGGAGACUGGAGUGAGCUGGUCUCGGCUGCCUUCGCUCCUCGUUCUUCUUUGUUUUCUUUUGUAUCUGGAACCUGUGGUUUGGAACAGAACACCACAGAUGGACGAUGGAGGAGGCCGCUUGACCCUCCGCUGCAAGAUACUGCUCCCCCACCCCCCAAUGAGUUUGGUGGUAGGAGAAUGAUGAUUUUUAUUCUUAGGCUUUUUGCCUCUAUCAUAAACUCCUGGGCUUUGCAGUAUGGCUGGGUGGGUGGCGGUGGUGGGACAUUACUAAAUCCCUCGGAUCCAGGGUUCCCAGCAUCGGAGUUCCUGUAUAGGGUAAAGACUCGAGACCUUGUGGAACUGGCCACUGCAUUGUUUGCAGGGCAAUGCCAGCAGGCAGGGCAACAGACAAGUUUGUGGUUCCCUAACAUGAGGAUCUUUUUAUAAAAAAAAAAGUAAAGAAAAGCAAAAACCCAGAAAGGAACCUGGAAGUAUCUGAGUAGAAGAGUCGCCGCUGCAGCAAUCCAGCUGUUGCCGUAACUGUUUCCCCUCCGGAUGCUUCCCUACCACAACAAACAUAGGCAAAGGCCUAGGACUGUUAACUCUGUCUUUGUACCCUCCUUAUUUAAUCUGCAUGAUCGUCCUUUUACAUUCAGACUUCCAAUAAACUCUGCAUUGUUUUC